UGCUAGUUUAGUAAAUAAUAAUAACCUAUUUAUUAUCACAAAAAUAUUUCUUGAUUUACAAUCGUUAAUUUUAAAUUGUGCGUUUGGUGAAUAGUUUGGUCAACUAAAUUUGUUUUUAACAUUUUUCUUCACAACAUUUUUGACUUUUUUACCCGUAUUAAUAACUAAUUAUUUUAAGUUAGUUAAAACAUAUAUAAAUAUACGACGUUUUGAGUAAAAGUGGCAAUUCGUCCGUCUGUUAACAUAAAUCGAUUCCUAAAACUUAUCGAUUAUUUCAAUAUCCAAGACAACCUCCAUCACUAGUACUGUCAGUGUCAACCAACUGUAACUGUCAAUAUUCAAACGUGAAAGCGACGGUGACGCUACGCUAACGUCUUUUCGACCUCGUCGCUCGUAGCAACUCAGUUUUGUGUACUAAAAACAUUUUUAAUGUUUAUUACGCUGAUAUUUAACGGAUUUAAGAAUUAUAUGCGUGUUUCAUCUGGUUUCAAGAAGCUUGUGUUAUUUAAAAUUUUAAAUUUCAUCCGCAAAAAUGUCUGACGACAGCGAUGCACAGACGUGCCAAGUACUUGGCAAUGAAAUAAAAGCGUUACAAUCACAAUGCAAGGAGUUAUGUUACAUUAUCGACAACAACGAACCUAUGGACAUAAGGACCAUUCAUUCCCAUAAUGUCAACGAAAAGAAAUUGUGUAGCAUUGACAGUCUGGGUAAGCACAUCCAAAACGAAGAAACACCGAUUAUUACUGAUAGCAAUGUGAACACUAGUACAUUUUUGAGUGAAAUAAAAGAGAAACUGGUCCAAGUAGAAGAGCUUCAAGCGUUUACAGCAGGUGCAGUACAAGAUGUGUACAGAGAAUGUAACAGAUUAAAAGCAAGCAUAAAGAUAGUCCAGGAGGCUAAGUCACGGCCAUGGGCAGGCCGGCGCCAAGUAAAGCCGGAGCACUUGCAGCACGCCAAACAACGCUUCCAUGACAUGAAAACAGUGCUGCAUGGUCUCAUAAAUUCACUCUUCCCCAGGGUUUCCGAUGCCAUUACAGGAGUUUUAGCAGAACUGAUGAAUGAAAGAAUGGAUAAGACUUCCAGUGGCUAUAUACAAGUGACGCCAGAGAACUAUCACCUGAUUGAACAGCUUAAAGAUGAGAACAUCAUAUCUGCCAACCCUUACAACAAAAUGGAAGUCAAAUUAGCUUUUUAGAGUUACAAAUUUGAGUGUAGAUUAUAUACCUCAUUUACUACGAGGGUGGAUUGAAAAAUUCGCGGCCUGAAUAUUAAAAACAAAACAGAGGUUUUUUAAUUUAUUUUUAUUUUCUACAUAGUCCCCGUCGAGUUGAAUGCACUUGUUCCAUCUGGAUUCCAGAGCCAUUACACCACUUUUGAAGAAGCUUUCCUCGAGACCUUCAAAAUAGGCAUCCACCUCAGCUUGGACCUCGGCGUUGCUUGAAAAUUUCAUACCACCCAUAUGUUUUUUUUUAAAUUGGGGAACAGAUGAAAGUCCGAUGGUGCUAAAUCGGGUGAAUAGGGUGGGUGGGGCAAUAAUUCAAACCCACAUUUGGCAAUCUUCGCCAUCGAUUUUAGUGACUGUCCUGGUGGAAGAUAACUUUCUUUGUCAACAUUCCAGGUCUUUUUAUCUUCAGAGCCUCGCGUAAUCUGCGUAAUAACUCGCAAUAAUAGUCGGAAUUUAUAGUUUUACCUCUCUGGAGAUAGUCAACCAUUAUUAUUCCCUUUGCAUCCCAGAAAACAGAUGCCAUGACUUUAUUGGCCGACAAAAUGCUUUGGCUUUUUUGGGAGGCGGAGAUCCAGGACGAACCCACUGCUUCGAUUGCUGUUAGGUCUCUGGGGUAUAGUGGUGGACCCACGUCUCGUCCAUAGUUACAAAUCUGUCCAAAAAGUCUUGAGUAUCGGCUUCAUACAGAUCUAGACAUUCACGUGAAUUAGUACGGCGAGCGAUUUUUUGUUCCACUGAAAGAAGCCUCGGGACCCAUCUCGCCGACACUUUGGAAAAACCUAAUUCGUACUAUAAUAUUUCGAGUUCUUUCAUAAGAGAUGUCUACGAUGUCAGUUAUUUCCCGCACCUUUAAUCGCCGGUCUUUCAUUAUCAUUUCGCAUAUAAUUGCCACAUUGUCCGUGUUAGUCACCGUUGUUGGCCUCCCGGGACGAGGGUCAUCUGCGAUACUAUCUCGUCCACGCUUGAAUUCAGCUGCCCAUUUUUUCACCAUCGUAUAUGAUGGACAGGAUUGCCCUAAUGUACUUUGCAUAUCAUCAUAAAUUUGCUUCGGUGUCAAUCCUUUUUUUGUGCAGGUAUUUAAUCACAGCACGCUGCUCUAAUUUCUCCAUUUUCACAAUAUCUACAGACACGUAACUUUAAAUGUGCCGUAAAAUUGCUUUUAAAUAAAGACGCCAAUUGAAAUUUCGCGGGAAGACAGUUAAAUAAUGACAGUUCAAAAUGGCGGCAGAAAAAAGAAAAAAGUUUUUUUUUAAUUGGCCAGGCCGCGAAUUUUUCAAUCAACCCUCGUACUUGUUGCUGUUUUUAGAAUGGCAUUUAAGAAUCAUGUAUGACUGCAAAAAAGCUAUAUAGUUAUUUAGCCUUCAGCAUUGUAGGACGAAGAAUGCGAAGAAAGGAGGAAGGAUGGACUUUACUUCUAUACCAUGAGGGUGCUCGCCUAUGUGUAGGAACUUUCAAAAAUUAAUUGACUUUUAAAUUAAUUGUGUUACUUAGGUAUUCAAUAAACUACAAUCAUGACACUUAGUUACUAAUGUUUUAUAUAACAGUAAUAAAAGAUUUAAAAAGCAG